AUGGUCGUCAAGAAUGUUGUUGUGAUUGGUGCGGGGGUUGCCGGACUCACUACGGCGCUCCUAUUAUCCGAACGCAGUGGAUACCGGAUUACGGUGGCUGCCAAGCAUAUGCCGGGUGACUAUGACAUCGAAUACGCUUCCCCAUGGGCCGGGGCCAAUUACAUGCCGGUCUCAAGACGUGGGACAUUGGCAGCCGAGUGGGACAAAAAGACCUGGACGCGGCUGCUGGAUCUAGCGACCAACCAUCCAGAAUCAGGUGUACAUCUACAAGAUUGUGAGAUCUAUAGCCGAGCUAAAGACGAUGGAUCCGCUUCGGCAGAAUGGUUUUCUGAGUUGCUGGCCCCAAACCCUUGGUUCAAAGAUGUUGUGCCUCAUUUCCGGACGCUUUCCACGGAUACCCUAGAUCAUUCGGUGAAUUCCGCUACGGUCUUCACCUCCGUCUGUAUCAAUACAGCUAUAUAUCUUCCCUGGCUCGUGUCCCAGUGCCUUAAAAACGGUGUCGUUUUUAGACGCGCUGAUUUUAAACAUGUGUUGGAAGCUUCCUCUCAAGAGAUCCAGUCAGGCAGCUCGGUUGACUUGAUAGUUAAUUGCACUGGUCUCAUGGCAUCUCGACUCGGUGGUGUGGAAGAUAAGUCAGUGGUUCCUGCUCGUGGCCAAAUAGUAGUUGUCCGUAAUGAUGCGGGCAAGAUGGUUAAUAUAUCUGGAACUGAUGAUGGAGACGAUGAGGUCUGCUAUGUUAUGACGAGGGCUGCCGGCGGUGGUACUAUCCUCGGUGGCUCCUACCAGAAAGGUAAUUGGGAUUCUCAGGUUGAUCCUAACCUUGCUAUUAGGAUCAUGAAGAGGGCAGUCAAGCUGUGCCCAUCUCUGACUGGUGGGAAAGGGAUCGAGCAUCUUGAUAUAAUCCGGCACGGUGUGGGGUUGAGGCCAGUACGUGAGGGAGGAACAAGGGUGGAGAAGGAGCGCAUUGGUGAUACAUGGGUCGUCCAUAAUUACGGCGCCGGCGGGGCUGGCUAUCAGUCCUCGUUUGGGUGUGCAGAACUUGCUGUGGAUCUGAUAGAGGAAGCAUUGGGCGUGGAGGCUAAACUAUAG